AUAAGGAUAAGGAUAAGGAUUUUGGAUAAAAGGAUUCGAGUUUCUGCAUAUUUCCGUAUGAGGAUGCGGCUUUAGAGGAGGCUAACUUAACCAGGAACCAAUACUAAACACCCAACAGACCGCUCCAGCCAUGUCCCAGCAAGUGUUCUCGGCCCAUCCAGCGCUGGCGGUGGAGCAGCUGCAGCAGGCUGCCGAUCAUCAUCAUCACCGGCGGCAUCCCAAAGCCACACCCAAGAAGUUUACACUCAGUAGGAGUUGUGGAGGAUCUGGAGGAUCUCUGAGUGGCGUCCAUCAGCAGACCAGUACCAGUACCAGUACCAGUACCUCCCAUUCCGUCAAAGUUCUGCCCGUGAGACCCAAUUAUGCGUCGGUGGAUGACGAUGAUGACAUUGAUGGCGACGAUGUGGACGAGGUGAACUUUGGCCAACAGGACAAGGACAAGGAGGCAGCGGAGAAGGAGACAGAGACCCGGCAAGCAACCAAAGACUGCGGCAUCGACGAAACGGAUCAUGUGCAGCAGCGCCACAAAGGCCACACGGCGACGAGGCAGCACCAUCACCAGGAUGGCGGUGGAGGCGGUGGCGACCAGAGCGACAUGAGCAGCGUGGUCAGCUCCCCGUCGGUCAGUACGCUCUCCUCGCCCCUCUCCACGCCCACAAGGCUGCCCCAGGUGCUCCAACAGCAGCUCCACUGCUGCCAGAAGCUAAACGGCGGUGGCGAGUCCCGGGCGAGAACCACAACAACAUCCCCCCAGCAGACGCAUCCGCACCGGCAUCAUCAUCACCAGCAGCAGCAGCAGCACCAUCACCACCAUCACCAUCACCACCUCUCGGCGGCGGGGGGUUGUGCGAGGGGUGGUGGUGGCAUAGGAUCUGGUGGAUCUGGAUCCUGCAAGACCAAGAAGCUGGAUCCGCGACUGAAUCCCUCGCCGUACCGCCAGCUCUUGCCCAUCGCCCUGUGCCUGCUCUCGUUCGCAACGGUGUUCGCCACCUUAAUUGUUUACAUGGACACGACAGAGAUCCGACACCAACAGUUUCGGCUCAACAUGUCGCGCGACUACGAGCUGAAUGGUGUGGCCCAAGAUGACCCCGCACUCAUUGCAUUCCUCCGAGAGAUCCACAUGGGCAAGUACCUGGGCAAGGUCUCGCCCAAGGUCGUGACGGCGUCAGCGGCGGGCGGUGGCCCACCACCACCCCCAUCACCGCCCAGAUCCGCUGCCAUCACCCCGCUGAGCAGCAGCAACAGCAGCGGCAGUGGUGCCGAUCAACUGGCCCAUCUGGUGGCCGAUCUGGUGGGCGGGAAGAUGAACGGUGCUGUUAUCCAGUCGCUGAGCGGCCCGCUGGCUCAUUUGAUUACAGCGCCCUGGUUGAGCGAGCAGCUCAACUGGAUGGGUGUGCUGGUGGAGCCGGAGCCCCGUUGGUACUUUACACUCCGGAAGCAGAAUGCCCAGCGGGCCAAAAUGCAGGUGGUGCAUGCCUGCGUCUCUCCCAACACAUACCCCAAAGAGAUUACCAUUCAGAACGAGGAUGUCCGCAUCAACAGUCUCCAGGACGAGGAGACCUCGUGGUUCAAGUCGCGUGUCAAGUGCUUUCCGCUCUACACUAUCAUGCUGGCAUGUGAGCGCACCGAGUACGAUCUGCUCAGUCUGGGAGUGCAGGGGCAUGAGUUAGAGAUUCUGCAAACGCUGCCCUUCGACAAAGUUAAAAUCGAUGUUAUAUCGAUACAUUUGCUCGAGGAUCACGAGGACGUCCAUAACUAUGUGCUGGACAUCAGCAAGUUCCUGGCGGGCAAGUCGUACAAGCUGCAGCGCAGGAUCGGCAGGAACUACUUCUAUCAGAGGAAUAACGCCAGCGCCAGUCGCACGCGCAAGAAAGACAUCCUGCUCCUGAAGACGCCCUAGGAUGGCCAUCCAUCAUCGACCAUCGAGAAAAUCGAAACGAUCAGAGAUAAAGAAUUAAAUAAACACUGAACUCUAUGUUAUAAUGAUAAUUAUUACCAUUACCUACUAACAUUGUUUAUAUGGAUAUACUAUAUAAACUGUAUACCGAUUAUGAUAUAUUGUACGAGUAGUAUCUUAGUUUUUGUAAAACUUCCCAACCCAACAUAAUUCUCCUUUUUAUGUUAUUAUUUCAUUUAUUUUUUGUCAAAAAAAAAGUAUAUAUAUUUUUGUGUGUACAGACACACACACACUACACUAAACUACACACAAUUAUGCAUAUAACGUAUUAUGAUGAUUUGCUAUAAGCUAUUCUAUAAAGGAAUGUUAUAUUGUAAGAGGCCACUGGCCAGGCCGCCGCCGCCGCCGAACCCCCUUUCGAUGUAUAAAUUAAAUUGCAGAUGGAGCGGCGUGCCGGGGGGGCCAUGAACGAGAAAAUAUUGUAACUGCUCUUCGAUUAGUGUUAGGUCGGCUAUAUCCUUCAACUAUCCAACUAUCUAUCUAUGCGAGUUUAUGUUAUAUCGAAUGCUUUAUAUAGUUAUCUAUAAGUAAAAACAAAAACACAAAAAAACUAAAAAUUUAAAAGUAAAUUAUUGUUUAAACUGAAAUGCAAACAAAAUAUUUAAAUUAUAUUAAAUUAUUGAACCAAACCAAGCACAUCCAUACAUUGUACACACCCACACCUACACACACCAACACACAACAUUAGCGCAAGCGAAUAAAUAUAUAGAAAAACUCA